CUCAGCCCACCUUUUGCGUCAUUUUCAACAUUUGCCAAAUGCUAAAUGUCAGGGGCACCUGAAGCGCUCUGUGCAGACAUAUAAAUGUGGUGUCUGGGUGCUCUUCGUGAUGCACGGACAAUGCAGAAAGGAUUUAAGUAGCAGGCAAAGGUGCAACUGGGGUGGUAUCCUUGGCUGAGGAAUUGAUACUUGGUGUACAAAUCUUUUGCAAGAGACAUGAAAUGUGAUGAACUGGAUGUUGACUCAUGUUUACGAUUCUGUGGUGUCUUUUGACUGCCACAAACUCAGGAGGUGAUGAUGAGCAGCAAGCCAACACCACGCUUCAUGGACCCAGUGGCUCACGCCAAGUUGCCCAGGCUGGAGACGACGUUGGGCGCCAAAUCGGGUGACAUGCCUGGCUACUCCCAUGAGGAACCUGUAAACUACAGCGGCACAUACUUCUCCUACUGUCUCAGUGGGCCAGACAGGACCGACCUUUCCCCACACUGGAGUCCCCCUGGUGCCUGUCUGCAAAGGAGCCCCAUCGUUCACCCCACUGGUGCUGGCCGGCCGUUGAGCGGUCAGAUCACUCACAGGCCAGAGAACAUGGCCCACUGUGUGGAGGGCAGUCCUCACUCGGCCACACGUGACCUGGCGGCCAAUCAGCAGUCAUCAUAUUACGACAGAGUUCCAGAAAACCAGGGUCCCAGUGCUCCUGGGAUCCAUGCUCCGACGGCUGUGAGAAAGCUUGGUGUAGGAGGGGCCACUGUUUCCCCAUCAAGAGGGAGCCCCGUGGGUCUAGCCAUCCCUAAGCCCAUAUAUGGACACAACCCCUGCUGCACUGAGCAUGGCUGCACGUCGGGACCCUGCUACAGCAUGGAACGUGGUGCGCCCAGAGUGCACCCAAAUGCCUACAAUGAGGAGUGGAUGUUACACUAUGGGCCCCUGUCUCUCCUACAAAGAAAAGAGCGUGAAGCGUUGUUGCAGCUGGAGCAGAGCUCCGUCCGAUUCCCCCUGAGAGAGACCACACCAGAAGGGUACCAUGCCAUGAGACCAGCCAGGCCUAUGAGGUUUCCUUCUUUCAUGGAAGCAAAUUAUGGGAAUUUCCCUUAUACCAGCACCGCCCGCUCACCUUUAAGCCCCUCCUCUGACUUAUUUCACCGUUUACAGUUUCCCUCCAAGGUGUACCACAGCCUGCCCCCACCACCCUCCUGCACUUACGAGGAGGUGCAGCAGAUGGCCCUCACACACCCUGGGAUUACACCUAAAAUAUACCCAGAUCGCCCUCCUCCCGCUCCCAGGUACACGCAGCUGCCACAGCGUCCUGUGUUUUACUAUUCUCAGGGGAACAUGGAGCUUGAAAACCCUUCGCCAUACAAAAGCUCCAGCAGGAAUCUGGCGGCAGACCCUCCACCCACUGUGAGUAAGCAGGUUUCUCCCAACCCUUUGGGUCCCUGCCUGGGGCCUCAGCCUUCUCUGAGUGACUUUUCAGCCUCCUGUCCUGCGACCACCAUGAACCCUUUGUUUCCCAGAAACCGUGACCUUUCACAUUUUCAGAUGUACAGGGCGCAUGCAGGCAUGACGGGCCAGAAGAGAGCUUUUGCUGAAGGGCCUGGUGCCCCCCUGCUGGUCAGACACGCGGACCGGCCUGUAGAUUACUCUUCGCAAGGAGCGUGGGUGACCAGUUCUCCGAGGGAGCUGUGCAAGAGGCCGCUCAGUCCUGGAGCCUUCAACCCCGUACAGCAGUCGCUCUCCGACUACAGGGGCUCGGAUCACAUGUCUGUGGGAAAGCGCAAAAUACUUGGGCAUCACAGUUUGGAAGAUGAGCAGUCAGGCCUCAAAGCAGCAGCUCCUCAGUGCAGUGUGGACCACCACGAGGGAGGAGCAGUGGCAGGCGCUGGGCCUGCUCUCCACUGCAGCAGUGUGGAACGCACCUCAUCCCAGUGUGCACAGGUACCAACCAGCAAAAAGCACAAGGAAAAUGCAAGCGCCCCUAACGAACCAGUUGCUGCUGAGGUGCUUGACAUGGGGCAAAUGGACAAAAGUGAGUAUGUGUAUGAAGCGCAGGCUCCCUGCAGACCACAAGAAGAGAAGAGAUCCGACCAAAGACAGGGAGAGAGGCUGCACAGUCCACCGUCACCUCCCAUGCCCGUCAUCAACAAAGUUUUUAGCUUAGCUCCUUACAAGGCCUACCUUCAAGCAUCUGGAAUGCUACCACCGCAAAAUGGCGUUCAGAAUACGAAGGCAUUUAACGAGAGAGACUCUCCACUAGGGCUGGAUGAACUGAGACACAAAGCUUCACUGAGGGUCUGUUCACAUCCUUCUCCUGAGGCUAACCCUGUCCACUUGCUGGAACCUCACCAGAUAAAAACUGAGAAAGUCACCCUUGGCGAGACAGAUUUUUCAUUAAAGUCUGAUGAAAUCAGAUGUGAAGGGGAGCACCAAGGCUUCAAAGAGACCAAGUUCAAGGAAGAGGAGGCAGAGAAAGUAACAAGCUCGUCUGACAGCGUGCUUGACCUACGAGUGAAAAGGGGAGAAUUCAACAUGUUUGCUUCUGAGGUCCAAACGUCCAUGGAUCAGCUGAGCUCCACAGGAUGUGGGGCGGACACUGCCAACAGGCAUGUAGUCAUGAGAACCCUCUCUCUCAAUCGUAAUGGUGAGCACUCUGUCCUGGUGGCGCCUUCUUCGAAACCUGUGACACCAAGUCCCGUGCCCCAAGAAACAAAAGUGUUCCAACAGAUACCUCCCCAGUGUCUGAACCGGUCUGCUUUUAAGGUCGUCGUACCAGAUGUUCUUAGCCCCCCUGCACUGUCUCACUUGCCUGAAUGUCCCCAGCCCACCCCCGAGCCGAAGCCACCCGGAGAUGCCAACAGACAGGCCCGCCACCGCUUCAUGGAGAUCCACCAGUCUCUCUUCCGGCUCAUCUCCGCCUCUGUCUCCCGGGCCCCAGAACAGGAGCUGCAGGCCUGGCUGGCCAAUUUAGAGGCCGCCUCCUCUCCCACAAAGGCUGUGCCGGUUACUGGCCUGCUGGGUGCGGGGGCAAAGGAGCCGUGGCUCAGGUGCAGGGACACAGCUGCCGCACUCUCCCAGGUUGCGGGCCAGCUGGAGGACUACGCCGCAAACCGGCAGUGCCCCUUCCCGCAUGUCAUCCGGGCGGGGGCGCUCUUCAUCCCCAUGCUGGUGGUGAAGGAGUACUUAUUCCCGCAGGUCCUCGGGGCACUCAUCGAUCGGGUGCUCCAGGAGCACCAUGUGGAGCUGCGCCCCACCACGCUGUCUGAGGAGCGCCACCUCACGCAACUCCAGAGGCGUACAUGCUCCUCCAAGCUCAGGAGGCUCCUGUCCCUCAAACACCUGCCAGACAUUUACCCCGAUGUGCUCAACCUCUACUACCAUGCCUGCGUCAGCAAGCGCCUAGGUUUAGUGUUCAGCACCCCACUGAAAACCGAAAGAACAGAAUGUUCAGAGGAGAUGGAAGCUUCCAGGACUGCCAUGUCUGCCCAGAGCCCCUCCGACAGGCCAAGCUCUCCAGAUCCUCCCAAACCGCUGAAGGACCUGAACACAGGGUCCCGCCUCAGGAAAUGCAAAAGGAAAGGCAGGCAGAGGGCUGCCUCAAAAAGAAGGUUUUUGGGGAAGGAGAAACCGUUACUGGGGGAGAAUUUCGGGUACGCAGUACAGUCAGAAAGCUGGAGCAUCGUGAACUCUUUCAGUGGGGAAGAGGCACGGGAGGGGUCGCAAAGCCCCUGCAGCGAGAACCUAGAGCCCCUGAAGAUCAAAGUGGAGGAGCACUCCCCCAUGGUGACUCAGGGAUGUAAUGAGGAGCCUGAGAGCACCUGGGGGCCUGUGACCUCUGAUGACCUGUCCUCAGGAAACAGCGACACAGAGACAGAGAGAGCCUCUUUGCCACCAUACUUGAGUCAGCCCUCCGAAACCACCAAGUCUCAGGCAAUUCCAAAGAGCCACUCUGGGAUGAUCCUCAAGCUCAGAAAAGUCCUGUUUAACAAAGGUCCAUUCAGGAGAGACCCUAAAUAUCAGCCCUUUCUAAAUCGCACACAGCCCAUCCAGCUGGGGCACCAGGGAAGGGAAGGGGCAGAAGGGGAGGAGCAGAAGGAGCAGACAGGGGCCCGGAGGAUACAGGCCAGGAGGAGGCUGAGAGUAGGGGGCUUCCCCAAGGCUCCGAGGCCCACACGCAGCUCCUCCAAGGUGCUCCCCGUGCGCAAUUCCCCCAUGCAGCUGAAGUACUUCCCGCACCCGUCAGCCAGCCACAGCGGCCAGCGCCGGCGGAGGUGGGUUCUGCGUUCCGCCGUACAGACUGCCCGACGGGCCAUGCAGAACCGCUACCCCGACCUGGUGGGCAAGAGGAUCCGCCACCUGUACGAGGAGAAUGACAAGUCAGAGGUGUGGUACCGGGGUGUGGUGGUGCGGGUCCACGAACCACACAUAAACCCUCUAAAAACCGUGUUCGAGGUCAAGUAUGACAGUGAGCCUGAGUGGCAGUACUAUCUGGAACUGCUAAUGGAUUACAAGAAGGGAUGGCUCAAAGUGGAGGACUGAGGACACUGUGCGUAUGUGUGUGCACGCAGUGUUUGAUCUUUUGGGGAUCCUUUUAUGUGUGUAUUGUUGCUCUCUUGUGUGUUUUUGUGCUCUGAAGUACUGGUUUGAGACCCGUGAGUGGAGGCAUUCUUUUUCAAAUGUAUUAUGGUAAAAAUGUGAAUGAAAGUCUCACCGUUCAGUUAUACCACCCUGGCCUUCUAAAUUUAUACAAUAUCAUUCACUGUGACUGCACAUAAACUCCCAGGAUGAAUAAAAAACAUACAAUGAAUCUGAAAUAAUGGGGAAAACCCCCAGAAUGUGAACCAUCACAUUAACUGCACUUGGCCAUUGCUGUUUGCUCCCAGCGCUCAGUAAUUUUGCUGCCAAUGUAACCUUCUCUGUAAGCGGAGCAGUAAACAUUUGGCUUUUGGAGGAAUGAUGUCACUAGCCUGACAGAAAUGAGGCCCAAAAACACAAGUGAAAUCUACUUUGAAUACUUUUGAUGCCCUUGGAAAGCAGCUUAAAAAGUCCUGCAUGGGACAUUCCUGGUAGCUACAGUAUUUGCUCUUGUGCCAUGAAAGUUGCAGAUAUGUGCCUUCAGGAACAGUGACCAGUAACAACCCCUUGACUGUCUUGACUGUGACUUACCACAAACCCGUCAUUGCACAUAUCCUGUGAAAGAUAGCAGUUUUUGCAUGAUGAUGUGUUCAGGUUCAUCACAGACAGUCUUUGACCUGACCUGGAAUUGGGUUAUAUUGCAGAAGUCUUCGCGUUUUCACUGGAAUCUGCAUAUUUCAGCCACAUUGGAACAUUCCCAAGCUUUUGUUUUACAAAAUGGUUCCAUAUCAUUCACCUGCAAUGUGGCAGUGCCAUACGGUGUAGAUGAUUAAGUUCUGGGAGAUCGGAUACUCCGCAAUCUGUUAAUUUUCUUGGCAAGGAGUUGUUGGGGGCCAGGUUGACAUUGCUGAUAUUGAUAUGAAUAUUAUAUGGUGUGUGACUUGCUUUCUUUCAUCUUUUUUUUUUUUUGUCAUGGAAAGCUGGGCUGAAAGCACACCAGAAAAUGGCAACUCUGACAGUUUUUGUAUUGCAUCAACAUGCCCAGACUGACAUGGUAGAGUUUAAACGCACAUUGUAAAUUAAUUCCACCUCGUUUGUAAAAUGAAAACAUAAGAUCUAAGGCAGGGAAAUAGACUUUAGGGGGCGGAUUGGAGGAAAUGCCUUUGAACGGGGUGUGCAUAUACCUGUCUGACCUCAAAACUAACAGCCCAUGUUGCAGUUCUGUCAAAGGCUUUGGUCAUCUCAGGGAGCUCUGCCUCUCCUUGUUUGUGGGGGGUGGGGGGACAGGGACAUAGACGGGACAGGGUGGAUCUGCUGUUUGAAAAAAAUUUUUAACGGAAACACUCUGAAUGAGACUUGUUUUAUUGUCAAAGUUUGUGAGUGAUUUCAUUCUACAAUUCCCCUUUACUGCUGAUAAAAACAUCCCCAUACUAGAGACACACAUUUGUUGAUUUUUUAAAAAACCAUUGUAUGUGCCUUUUCAUCUCAAAAUGCAUAGUAAUUUAUUUUUAUUGUGUAUAAUUUGAAAUGUUUAGGUUCUGAAUUUUUUUGGUGUCAUUUUUAUAUUGGUUGUAUUUUGACUAAACAAGAUGUUUCAGUACAAUAAAUGUGUUCAAAUGCAA